UUUUUUUUUUUUAAUUUCCAAAAUUAAAAAAAAAAACUUCUAGAAAACCAUCCUGGUUCCAAGCAAUGUUAGGUAAGUAAUGAAAGCCGCAAAUUCCAACACACAGCAGCCUUUCAAAAUCCUCCAUUUCCACACCCAUUUCCCUCGGGUUUCUUCUCUUUAUCUGUUCUUCUUCAGCUCUCUCAAAACUGCUCAGAAGAACUCUAGCAGAUUGAUAACCCCAUUGUCUUUUUUUUUUUCUGGUAUUUUUGGGUUUUUUAUUUUAUUUUGAAGACAAGAAAUCAAACAGCAAUGCAGCUUCAUGUUUCACCGAGUUUGAGGCAUGUAACAGUGUUUCCUGGGAAAGGUGUAAGAGAAUUCAUCAAAGUUAGGAUUGGUUCCAGAUGGGUUUCCUAUCGAAUGCUGUUUUAUUCGCUUCUCUUCUUCACAUUCCUUCUUAGAUUCAUCUUUGUUUUCUCCACCGUUGAUACCAUUGAUGGAGAUCUUUCCAAGUGUUCCACCAUUGGGUUGCUUGGGAAAAGAAUAGGGCCAAGGAUUUUGGGAAGAAUGGAGUCAAAUGUUCCAGAGGUGAUAUACCAAAUACUAGAUGAAGCAAUCAGCGAAGAGGAAGUAGAACCAAAAUCUGAUAUUCCUCAGACACUACAUGAUUUCAUGGCUGACAUCAAACAAACCACACCUGAUGCUAAAGCCUUUGCUCUCAAGCUUCGACAAAUGGUACUUCUCCUUGAACAAAAAACAAGAAAAGCCAAAAUCCAAGAAUAUUUGUACCGGCAUGUAGCAUCAAGCAGCAUACCAAAACAUUUGCAUUGCUUGGCACUAAAGCUAGCCAAUGAGCACUCCAACAACGCUGCCGCUCGCCUCCAGCUCCCCUCCACCGAUCUCGUCCCCACCCUCGUCGACAACUCUUACUUCCACUUUGUCUUGGCCUCCGAUAAUGUGCUUGCCGCCUCCGUCGUUGCAAAAUCCCUCAUUAAAAACGCCUUGCGCCCUCGAAAGUUCGUGCUACACAUAAUAACCGAUCGUAAGACGUAUGCCCCCAUGCAGGCAUGGUUCUCGUUGCAUCCUUUGGCUCCUGCUGUAAUUGAGGUGAAGGCAUUGCAUCAAUUCGAUUGGCUUUCGAAAGGUAAGGUCCCUGUUUUAGAAGCCAUGGAAAAAGAUCAAAGAGUAAGGUCCAAGUUCAGAGGGGGUUCAUCAGCAAUUGUAGCAAAAAAUAAUACUGAGAAGCCUCAAGUCAUUGCGGCAAAACUACAAGCACUUAGUCCUAAAUACAACUCCUUGAUGAAUCACAUUCGCAUACAUUUACCCGAGUUGUUUCCGAGCCUGAACAAGGUAGUCUUCUUAGAUGAUGACAUUGUGAUACAAACCGAUCUUUCGGCUCUAUGGGAUAUUGAUCUGAAUGGGAAAGUUAAUGGAGCAGUGGAGACAUGCAGAGGCGAAGAUUCGUUCGUCAUGUCGAAGAGAUUCAAGAGCUAUCUCAACUUCUCACACCCUUUGAUUGCCAACUUUGAUCCUAAUGAAUGUGCAUGGGCUUAUGGUAUGAACAUUUUUGAUCUUGAGGCAUGGAGGAAGACCAACAUUACCCUCACAUACUAUCACUGGCUUGAACAGAACUUGAAAUCAGACCUGAGUUUGUGGCAACUGGGAACAUUACCGCCUGGUCUAAUUGCAUUCCAUGGUCAAGUUCAUGUGAUUGAUCCAUUUUGGCACAUGCUGGGAUUGGGUUACCAGGAUAAUACAACAUUAUCUGAUGCUGAGACAGCUGGGGUUAUCCAUUUUAAUGGCAGAGCAAAGCCUUGGCUUGACAUUGCUUUCCCUCAACUUCGACCUUCGUGGGCCAAGUACAUUGAUUUCUCUGAUAAAUUCAUCAAGGGUUGUCACAUUCGGGUAUCUUAAAACAAAGGGUUUUUUUUUUUUUUUUUUGAGAAUCAGUGUCCCAUAGUGAUGAUAAAAUUAAGUAUCUGUAUAUGACAACCAAAUGAGGUGAGAGCUCUUUACGAAAUCAUGGCCUUCAAUACUGAUUUUGUGACUGAAAUGUUGCAAAAGGCAUCUGAUUCUGUGGAGCUCUUGAUUCGUGGUUUUUAGCGACGGAAAUAAAAUGCAAUUCUCGGGAUUUCAUCAAUAAA